AUGGAUCAAGUUAAAACAACUGUUACAGCAAAAAGAAGACUUGACCAUUUCACUCAAUCUCUAAAACCGCAGGCUUUUCAAAAUGACAAAAAUGAUGAUAUGACAAAAUACGGUGUUCAUACAUCAUUUAAUCCUGAAAAGAAAAUUACCACAAUUCGUAUCGGUGAUGUUUCUUUAAACAUAACGGAAUCAAAAAAUCUCGAACUUGUUCCCGAAUACCUUGAACCACUUUAUGAAGAGUCGCAAGAAAUCCUUCGACAUUUAAGAUGGAUGAUGCAAAAAGAUAAACUUGGCCAAGAUAUAUUUCUCAUAGGCCCGCCGGGAAACCUACGUAGAGCCCUUGUACUAAGAUAUGCUCAAUUAACAAAUCGAGAAAUCGAGUAUGUUCCAUUAUCAAAGGACUGCACCGAUUCUGAUCUUAGACAACGUAGAGAAAUAUCUGGUGGGACAGCAUAUUAUGUAGAUCAAGCAUGUGUAAGAGCUGCAAUAAACGGCAGGAUUUUGAUUUUGGAUGGAAUAGAAAAGGCAGAGAGAAACGUGCUCCCUAUAUUAAAUAAUUUAUUAGAAAAUAGAGAAAUGGCUUUGGAGGAUGGUAGAUUUUUGGUUCAUCCAAAGCGUUAUGAUUUGUUGAUGAAAUCAAAAAAUAAAAGUUUAAUGAAAAAUUGGAAAUUGGUUAAGACAUCAGAACGAUUCAUUGUGGUGGCUUUAGGCUUACCUAUCCCACCUUAUGUAGGGCAUCCAUUAGAUCCGCCAUUGAGAUCUAGAUUUCAAUCAAGAGACAUAAAGCAACCAAGUUUUUAUACGCAAGUUAAUCAUUUAAAAAAAAUAGCUCCCGGUGUUACUGAUGAAGUAAUUGAACGUUUGGUUUCUGUUGCCAUUGUACUCAGAACUCUUCAACGGGAAGGAAGUGAGGGAGUUGUAAUACCAGAAUUCCCUCUUUCAAUUGAUCUUAGUAUUAUGAUUAUUCAAAGUUUCCCAAACAUUGAAUUACGCUUCUUAUUAGAUCUGUUAUAUCCAUGGCCAUUAUUACCCACAUGCGAGAAUCAACAAAUGAGCAUCAUAGAAGCUACAUAUCAUCGUUUUGGAAUGCUUUUGUAUAUAGAAACUAACACAGAAAAUAGUGAGGGCAAUCAACAAAAAAGUGAAGUAAUAGUUCAAUGUUCAUCAGGUUAUCAAGUAAUUAACAUUAAAAAGUCUGAAACAAUAGAAAACCCCUCUUCAAGUGACCUCUCCAUUUAUCAAAUUGAAUUGACUUUUAAACCAAAAGACUCAAACAACAAAAAUAUUACAACUAAAGUUUUUGGUGGUGCCGGCGUCCCUUCACCAGCUGAAUUUUUUGUGGAAACAGAUUAUCACAAAACCAUUUUUAAUUCGAUGUUAAUAGCGCAUUCUGUUAGUGAUUUUUGUGUAAUUGGAGUGAAAGGUUGUGGAAAAAGUGCUUUGAUUAGACAUUUUGCAAAAAACCUUGGUUACACUGUUGAAUAUAUACCACUUUAUAAAGAUAUGUCAGCACGAGACCUUCUUCAACAUCGGAGUACAACAUUUGCAGGUGAUACUGUUUGGGAAGAUUCAUUAUUAAUCAAAGCAGCAUUAUCUGGAAAUUUAGCUAUAAUGGAUGGUAUUGACACACUUUCAUAUGGAACACUUGUAACCCUACAACGCUUAAUUAAAGAACGUGAAAUUUCAUUACCUAAUGGAAAUAAAUUGAUUCAUCCUAUUAGAUAUAAGAAUUUAAUGCAGAAAUAUGGAUUCACAGACAAGCAGUUACAUAAUAAAGGCAUUUUUAUGAUUCAUCCUGCUUUUAGGAUUGUAACAUUAGCUCGACCUGUUAGCGGUAGUGGCGAUGAAGGAAAACCCGGUUCAUGGCUAUCGCCUGAAAUCGUCUCUUUGUUUCAUUUUAUUGUUGUAAGACCAUUGAAAUAUUUGGAAGAAAUGCAUGUUCUCGAAAGCUUGUCACCAGGGGUAGAUAGAAAUAACCUUUCUUUGCUUUUACAAUUUGCUAAUCGGCUGCGUCAAGACAAAGAUGAAACCAUUAAGAUGUUAUCUAAUGCUCUUUCUACAAGACAAUUGAUCCGUAUUUGUCGACGUCUAGCAGUGUUUCCUGAUGAAAGUUUACAUCAAGCUAUCCAUAAAGUUUCUUUAUCAAAAUUUUUGCCUUCUUUAGCAAAAGAUGCAUUAGAAGAAUUAUUAGUAAAAAAUGGCGAACAUUUACUUUUAAUUGGCAAUCAAGGAGUAGGAAAAAAUAAGUUAGCAGAUUAUUUUUUGCAACUUUUAAAAUUACCAAGAGAGUAUAUACAAUUACAUCGUGAUACGACUGUUCAAAGUUUAACCGUUACGCCUUCCAUAGUAGACGGUGUCUUACAAUUUGAGGAUUCUCCAUUAGUAAGAGCUGUUAAAAACGGGUAUAUAUUGGUUGUUGAUGAGGCUGACAAAGCACCAACAUAUGUAACGUCAAUUAUAAGGAAUCUUUUAGAAGAUGGACAAAUGGUACUAGGAGAUGGUAGAAGAAUAUUAUCAUCCAUUACAACUGAAAAUAUGAAAGAAGAAUGUAUUGUCAUUCAUAGAAAUUUUAGAAUGAUUGUUCUUGCUAACAGACCAGGUUAUCCAUUUCUUGGUAAUGAUUUUUACCGUGAGGUUGGAGAUGUUUUCAGUUGUCAUGCAGUAGAUAAUCCUGGUCCAGACUCUGAGAUGUUUUUAUUACGCAAAUAUGCACCUGACGUCCCAGAAGAUUUAUUAUUGAAGUUAACAGCUGCGUUUAGUGAUUUAAGAAAAUUAGUAGACGAGGGAUUAAUCAGUUACCCUUAUUCAACCAGAGAAUUGGUUAAUGUUGUUAAACAUAUGCAGGAGUUUCCUAAAGAAGGCAUUGCACGUAUUUUACAAAAUAUUUUUGAUUUUGAUCAAUAUGAUCAAGAGUCAAAAGAGCUUUUGUUCAAGGCUUUUGAAAAGCAUGGAAUACCUGUUGCGCUAGAAUCGGAAUUUAUGAUAAAUUUAGGUGAAAAAAUAUCAUUAAGUGAUCCAAUUGUAACGGAAGUUUGGACAAAAACUGGAAAUAAAAUUAAAUAUUGUGAAAUUAAAAAAGAAGAAAUUUUAAUGAAAGAUGGUUGGGAAAUUCCAGUUGGAACCCCUAAAGAGCUUGAAAGGACUGAAGGCAGAACCAUGACCUUUACUGAACAGACAUACAGUUUUAAAAUACCUACACGCGGGGAAGCAUUAGACAUAGUAGGAUUGUCUGAUGGAUCUUUAUUUGUUGUUACGACAAAUCCUAUUACAUUACACGCAAUCAAUCAAAAUCAUCGAAAAAUUAGAAGCAUGGAUUUGUAUGAAUAUUUUCCAUUACAAAAAGCACCACCAGGGUUAAAGAUGACAAUAGUACAAACACAAGAAAAUGGCUGGUAUUUGUUAUUGCAUGAUCCAAUAGCAAAUUCACUGCUUUGCAUUGACUUUGCAAGAAGUCCAAAAAUGUCUGUCUUGGUUUUUUUAAAUAAAAUCCCUUUGACAGGGUUAAAUCCAACAAAAUCUGUAAUGUUAAAAGACUUUGAAUCUACUGGUAUUUUAGUUUUCUACCAGAGCGAAAGAUCAACUAUUCUAAUGUUAGAUUUUAAUAUAAAUACAAUGUAUACAAUUGAAGUGCCUGUUAAAAUUUCAAAAUUAUUUUUGCUUAAACCAAAUGCAUGGUUACUCAGAGAUAGUGUUAGCGGACAUUAUCAUAUCGUUUACGCAAAUAACCUUGAUGGGCAGAAUUUGGUUCCAAACAUCAUACUGCAAAUUGAUAUAAAGAGUUUGCUGAAGCCUACCCCAGAUGAAAUUACUUUCAUAUCCCAAGAUGUAAUUCAACAAGCAAGUUUCAUGUCUACAAGAUUUUUACAAAGUAAUGAUGAUUCUAUAGCUGCUUCUAUUAUUUUAAAUUCGCCCGAGACUUUGGUUGACGAUAUUAAAACUGAAAUCAUUUCAUAUAUGAGAAAGCCUGGAGAUGAUUGCAAAAAUUAUUUCAAUGAUAUUAAAAAUUCCUCUAUAUCGCUUAAGAAGACAGGACAAUUGGCAACUGUUAUUCCAUUAAAGGACGGGAGAAGUGUAGGAAAUUUAGAGAUAUUUAAUCCUGUUGAAAAUGCGUUAUGGCGCAUUACAAUUCCUUUAGCAAUCCAAGUGCCUAGUUUCAGCAUAAGUGAUUCAAGACCUAUCGAAAAUCCCUAUUUAUAUUUUGAUAGAAUAGCAGCAACACUGUUAGAAUUACCUAAUGGAGAUUUAUUAACAAUGGAUAUUAGUGGCGUUGUACGUAUAUGGCAAGUGGACGCUGGUCAAUUAAUUUUGGCUGCCAAUACUUGGAGAAAACUCGUUGGAAAUCUAGAUCAGCAAAAGGAAAGAUCCGGGAAUGAGGUUGAACAAAUAUUUCAAGACAGGAUCGAUGGUGGCGAUUCAUUGAAUUUAAUGGGUAGAGAACCUACCUUUAUAGAUGUUAGUAAACUGAGUUUGAGAACUGAAAUCCCACCACCUAUCAAACUUACAGCAGCACAAAGAGAUUUGCAUGAGUUGACUAUGCGUAAAAAACGAGAACAAAUAAAUAUGACACAAGAAAAUAUGAAUUUAUUUCAAUCAUAUUUAGUGAAUGUGCAAAAGGAGAUUCAUGAAUUGCGUGUGAUUUUGGAAAGUAUAGAGGCCAAAAAAAAAGAACGUGUUUGGCUUAAGAAUCAAAGUUCUGGAGAUAUUGAUGAUACUAAACUGAUUGAAGGAUUGACUGGAGAAAGUAAUAUUUAUAAGAGACGUGGUGAUAAUGAUCCUGAUUUAGGGUUUUUUCAGGAUAAACCUAAAAAAAUGUUUUUUGCUUUUGAUCUUAGUGCAAGUAUGUUUAGGUUUAAUUCUCACGAUAGAAGAUUAGAUAGAUCUAUGGAAAAUAAAUUUCAGUACCGUAUUGUUGGGCAUAGUGGAGAUUCACCGAAUGUAGAAUUUGUUAAAGAAGGAAAAUAUCCACGAAAUGAAAAGGAAGAGUUCAAAAUAUUAAGCCAAAUGUAUUUACACUCGCAAUUUUGCCUCAGCGGCGACAAUACUCUAAAUGCAACGGCUAAUGCUAUAAAAGAAAUAACAAAAGAAGAGGCUGAUGACUAUUUCGUUGUAAUACUUUCUGAUGCAAACAUCGCACAAUAUAACAUUAAUCCAACGGAUAUUUCAAAAACACUAAAAUCAGAUGAUAGAGUGAAUGCAUUUAUAAUAUUCAUUGGAUCUAUACAAAAUCAAGCCGAAAGACUUCGUGAUAGUCUUACCGGACAUGCACAUGUUUGUAUGGAUAAUAAGGAUUUACCGAAAAUUAUGAAAUCAAUUUUUUUAGCUUCAAUGUUAAAAGGCUAA